AUGCAGAUCUUUGUGAAAACCCUCACCGGAAAGACCAUCACCCUCGAGGUUGAAAGCUCUGACACGAUCGACAAUGUCAAAGCCAAGAUCCAAGACAAGGAGGGUAUUCCCCCAGACCAGCAGAGGCUGAUCUUUGCUGGCAAGCAGCUUGAGGAUGGCCGCACCCUCGCCGACUACAACAUCCAGAAGGAGUCCACCCUCCAUCUGGUGCUCCGACUCCGCGGUGGAAUGCAAAUCUUUGUCAAGACUCUCACCGGAAAGACCAUCACUUUGGAGGUUGAGAGCUCCGACACGAUUGAUAAUGUCAAGGCUAAGAUCCAAGACAAAGAGGGCAUCCCACCAGACCAGCAGAGGCUCAUCUUUGCUGGGAAGCAGCUUGAGGAUGGCCGCACCCUGGCUGAUUACAAUAUCCAAAAGGAAUCAACCCUUCACUUAGUGCUUCGUCUUCGUGGGGGUAUGCAAAUCUUUGUCAAGACACUUACUGGGAAGACGAUAACCUUGGAGGUUGAAAGCUCGGAUACCAUAGAUAAUGUCAAAGCAAAAAUUCAGGAUAAGGAAGGCAUUCCCCCCGAUCAGCAGAGGCUAAUCUUCGCUGGUAAGCAGCUUGAGGAUGGCCGCACCCUUGCCGAUUAUAACAUCCAAAAGGAAUCAACUCUGCACCUGGUGCUUCGGUUGCGUGGUGGUAUGCAAAUCUUUGUGAAGACUUUGACUGGGAAGACAAUUACUUUGGAAGUGGAAAGCUCAGAUACUAUUGACAAUGUGAAGGCCAAAAUCCAGGACAAGGAGGGUAUCCCUCCAGACCAGCAGAGGUUGAUUUUUGCAGGCAAGCAGCUGGAGGAUGGAAGGACCCUUGCCGACUACAACAUUCAAAAGGAGUCGACCCUGCACUUGGUGCUCCGUCUGCGUGGUGGGAUGCAGAUCUUUGUGAAGACCCUCACUGGGAAGACGAUAACUCUGGAGGUGGAGAGUUCUGAUACCAUUGAUAAUGUGAAAGCUAAGAUUCAGGACAAGGAGGGCAUUCCUCCGGACCAGCAAAGGCUCAUCUUUGCCGGUAAGCAGCUGGAGGACGGGAGGACUCUUGCAGAUUACAACAUUCAGAAGGAGUCUACCCUUCACCUUGUCCUUCGUCUCCGUGGCGGUAUCUGA